AUGGAUUCCUGGAUCUUCCCAUCAAGUCUCCCGAACAUGUCGGAGCAGAUCAUGGACGACUGCUUCCUGCCGCUGAACGAAUCAGAACAGCAGAUGAACGACACAGACCAGAGCUUCAACGGUACCAGCACCGUGGUCAUCACUUGCAUGUACUUCUUGGUGUGCGCCAUGGGCCUGUGCGGGAACGCUUUGGUCAUCUACGUCAUCCUGCGCUACGCCAAGAUGAAGACCGUCACCAACAUUUACAUCCUCAACCUGGCGGUGGCCGAUGUACUUUUCAUGCUGGGACUACCUUUCAUCGCAAUUCAGCUGGCACUCGUCCACUGGCCCUUCGGUCCGGUUUUGUGCCGCGUGGUGAUGACUGUGGAUUCCCUCAAUCAGUUCACCUCCAUCUUCUGCCUGACGGUAAUGAGCGUGGACCGCUACCUGGCUGUGGUGCACCCCAUCCGCUCCACCAAGUGGCGCAAGCCCCGCGUGGCCAAGACCAUCAAUGUGGCAGUGUGGGGAGUUUCGCUCCUGGUCAACCUGCCCAUCGUCAUCUACAGCGGCGUCAUCACCAAACACGACGGUUGCUUCUGUACCAUCGUAUGGCCCGAGCCUCAAGAGGCCUACUACACCGCCUUCAUGUUUUACACCUUCAUCCUGGGCUUCUUCCUGCCACUCCUAGUUAUCUGCCUGUGCUACCUGCUCAUCAUUAUCAAGGUCAAGUCAACGGGCAUUCGAGUCAGCUCUUCGUCCAAGCGCCGCCGCUCGGAGAGGAAGGUGACCCGAAUGGUGUCUGUGGUGGUGGCCGUUUUCGUCCUGUGCUGGCUGCCAUUCUACGUCUUCAACGUCACCUCGGUGACGGGGACGCUCAGCACCACGCCGGUGCUGCGCAGCACCUUCGCCUUCGUGGUGGUGCUGGGCUACGCCAACAGCUGUGCCAACCCUAUCCUCUACGCCUUCCUGUCGGAGAACUUCAAGAAGAGCUUCCAGAACGUUCUGUGUCUCAAGAAGGUGGGCGGGCUGGAUGACGUGGAGCGCAGCGACAGCCGCCAGGACAAGUCCCGCAUGAUGGCAGACCCCACCGAGACGCAAAGUACUUUGCUUAAUGGCGACCUGCAGACCAGUAUCUGA